UGAGUAGAUUUGAGCUUUAUUGGGCAAGCAAAGCUAGCAACAGUUUCCAGAGUCUUAGUUUCCUGUCUUCAUCAAUUACUUCUUCAAACUCCAUUUUAAUUUCCCAGCAGGCAACCAUUCAUCACAGGUCCACUCCAUUAACUCCAUCCUUCUCUCUGCUUCCCAAUAAUCUUCUUCUUCCAACUGUUCUUGACAGCCUCCUCUCACCUACACUCUCCCUUUCUUCUCUCCGCCCCAUCCACCAUUUUCACUUGUACCCACUAAAGGAUUACAACAAGGCAUUGCAAAUUUGCAAUCUUUCUGCUUUUCGUAGAUGGGCUGCUCUGCUUCGCGCUCGCAUGAGUUUAUUCACCACCGGAAUCCCUCCAAUUCGGGUUCUUCGCGCCCACAGUCGCCGUAUUCGUUUUCCGACUCCGGGUCAACUCCGGUUUCCCGGACAUUUUCCCUGCCGACGCCGCUUGUUCACCACCCGCCUCUCAGGAGAGGGGACACCAACCACCUGGUGUCGCUCACCUCCACCACGUACGGCUCUCUUGUGCUGAUUGACGGUCCCAGAGCCCCGAACCCUAACCCUAAGUUCAGUGGUCCGGAGGGUGGGAACCGGAAUGCCCAGAUGGGGAAACCCGAAAAUGGGACUGACCCGUUACGUCAUUUGUCCCUUGACUCAGUAAUCAACACUUGGGAGCUCAUGGAAGGCCUGGAUGAUGAGUUUGGUUUUCAUGUAGUGGAGUCUCCCAAGAAGCCCAGUGUGAAAAGUCUUGAAAUUGAAGAAGAAUUUGAUGUGAAGUCCUAUGAGUUUGUUGAGCACUCAGAUUCAAAGCCAUUGUGGAAGCACUUGUCUGAAGAGUCCUUGUUGGCCAAGAUGGAUCCCAAUGUAGCUUUGAGCUAUAGGAAAGCGUUGUCGGCUAAACAAUCGGGGUGUAGAGAGGGGAUCGAUAUGCCACAACCGAAAACACCGAAAUCUGAAGUGUUCAAUGAAAAUGAUAAGAGUUUAUUGAGCUUGGUGUUGCCUGACAAUGAUGUUCGACUAAAGGGUGGUGAGGAGAGGAUUGUUCUGUACUAUACCAGUUUAAGAGGAAUUAGGAAGACCUAUGAAGAUUGUUGUAAUGCCCGGGUGAUCUUUAAAGGGUAUCGAGUUUGUGUAGAUGAAAGGGAUAUAUCCAUGGACUCAUCAUAUAGGAAGGAGUUGCAGGGCGUGUUGGGAGAGAGAGGGGUGAGCUUGCCACAGGUGUUUAUUAAGGGGAGGUACAUUGGUGGAGUGGAGGAGAUUAAACAACUUAACGAGUCAGGCGAAUUGGCUAAUCUUUUGGAAGGGUUUCCCGUUAAGCACCAUGGACUCGCUUGUGAAAGUUGUGGCGAUGCAAGAUUCCUGCCAUGCCCAAAUUGCUACGGGAGUCGAAAAGUGUUUGAAGACGAUGAAGGGAAGUUGAGGAGGUGCCCGGACUGCAACGAGAACGGACUGAUUCGAUGCCCCAGCUGCUACCCUUAGAAGUUAGAAGUUCUUCAUUGACUGGUGCCCAACAUUCUUGAUCAAUUUUUCGUGAGGAUACCUGAGAAUGGUACAACAAUAUUGUAUUAUUCUAAAUUAUCUGUGUAUAUUGUGCUCUAGACCUCUCUAUCUCAUCAACUGUUUAUAUUAUCUAGCUUGUGGCCGGUUAUGUUCAUCGUCUCUUUGAACAAUUCUAAGGAAUAAAAUGCUAACUAUGGAAGUGAAACUAUGCACUUUCUGUUACAUGGAUUCUUGUUGGAUACUGAUGACAUGAGAUGUCUGUCUGCUGUAACUUUAACUAAUGUAGGCUUAUGAUUCCAAAUCACAGAUACAUUUAAGCUGUA